AUGACAGCCUCUGACAGCAGCUUCAAGUACCGCGCACUCUUCGAGUACAAACGGGAGCAUGGUGAUGACAUCAGCCUCCAGCCAGGGGACGUCCUGACGGUCCUGAAGGACUCUCUGAAGGACUACCAGGAAGGGGAUGAACACCGCAGCCCCAAGGGAUGGCUGCACGGCACCAACGAGCGGACCAAAGAGAAGGGCGACUUCCCUGGGACGUUUGUGGAGUAUGCAGGGGUGUUGAGGCAGGGGCUGCCCGCCGCCAAGCCCUGGUCCAGACCCAUUCCCACGACCCCUGGGGGAACACAGAGCUGCGUGUGGCCCGGACCCCAGCCUCCAGGGGCCGCUGCAGCAGAAGGUAAGUGUUGGGACUGA